GCGCUGUUGCCUUCAGGUACCACUCGGUUCCUUCCUCCACGAAGCUCUUGAACGCAUCCCGCUUUCGUCGACUGCAGCGGCACCACGGCGGCGGUUUCCCGGGCAACCGAGGAGCGACAACAAACGGGAGCUGGGACCGAGACAACAACAAGACAGAUGACAGCAAAGAUAGUUAAACACACCAAUAUACGGCCAGUAUCCGACACAAUGUAACGUUGAAUCGUUCUGUUCGUGUUUAUUUAUCUUCUAACAAGUUUAAGAGCUCAAAAAAAAAAAAAGUUUUACCAACUCCGCUGUGAGUUAAUGGUAUGAAAGUUAAGCCACGUACGAGUAAAUUAACGCCACAUUAACCAUAGUGCUUCUCCGUUACAUUUCCCUCCCGCCAUGAGCGAGGAGUGUGUCCGGGUGGCGGUCCGUAUCCGUCCCCUGCUUCGCAAAGAAGUCCUGCACAACCACCAGGUGUGUGUGCGGGUGGUGCCGGGCUCCGCGCAGGUGAUGCUCGGCACAGACCGACUCUUCUCCUUCGACCACGCGUUUGGACAAGCAGCCAGCCAGGAUGAGGUGUACGAGUCCUGCGUCCAGCCCCUGGUGGAGUCCCUGGUCCACGGCUACAACGCCACCGUCUUCUGUUACGGACAAACAGGGUCUGGGAAGACGUACACGCUCGGAGGAGGAGGGGGGAACCUGGAUGAAGAGGGAGGAAUUAUCGACCGUGUGGCCCAGGAUGUGUACUUUUUGCUGGGGGAGAAGAGGAAGAACAGUGAUGGUGUGGAAGCCACAGUGCGGGUCUCGUAUAUGGAGCUGUACAGGGAGGAGCUGCGAGACCUUCUGGAGCUGCACACCGUCCACAAAGAGCUUCAUAUCAGAGAGGAUGAGAGGGGAAACACAGUGGUGGUGGGAGCCAAAGAGAUGGUUGUCAACUCAGCAGAGGAGCUACUAAGUGUUUUAGAGAUGGGCAAUGCCCUGCGCCACACUGGCACCACAGGGAUGAACGAGCACUCCAGUCGCUCUCACGCCAUCUUCACCCUUCAGCUUACUCAGUGUUGCCACAACAACAAGUCCUCCGUAAAAGCUGUCCGAUCCUCCAAACUCUGUCUGGUUGACCUAGCCGGCUCGGAGCGUGCUGGAAAAACUGGGAACACUGGAGCACGGCUCAAAGAGUCUGUUCAUAUCAACACGGGCCUGCUCGCGCUGGGAAAUGUCAUCCGUGCCCUCUCUGACCCUGGUCGAAAUCGCCGUGGUAACAGCUGCAACAGUGCACAUAUACCGUACCGUGAUGCUAAGAUUACACGUCUCCUCCGUGAUUCACUGGGAGGCACCGCCCAUACGCUGAUGGUGGCAUGUGUGAGCCCGUCCCACCACAGUGUAGCUGAGACUCUGAGUGUCCUACAGUUCGCGUCCAAGGCUCGACACAUUCGUAACCGUCCCGGAGCAGUAUCUGCUCACCCAGAGGUUAAAUCGUGUCCCACAACCUGGGACCCUGGUGAGGCUCGACUGGGCGAGCUUCAGUAUGAAGUGCAGACACUGAGGGAGCUACUGAAAGAGAAGGAGAGAGAGGUGGGGAUGGAAAGGGAGAGGAUAGGUGGAAGACUUGAAGAGGGGGACCACCUUGAACAGCCCAGUCAGAUGAGGAUAUCUGAUCCAUAUAAGAGGGUGAACCAAGAGGAGCCAACAACGUACCGCCUUCUGGCACAGGAAGCUGCAGCCCUUCUUGCAGAUAUCCCUGGACCCACUCCAAGUCAUUGUUUUGGGCAGCGACUGCAGGAUUGGCAGGAGAGACUGACAGCCCUCGAUCACACACAUCAAGCUGAUGAUGAGGAGUGUUCAGAGGUGAAUGGAGACCAACCCCACCUUAUAUUAAAGCUCAGAGAGGAACUCAACAAAUGCAAGGAAGCUCUCACCAUAGAGGAACAGCUCCUGGAGCAGAAGGAUGCAGAGCUGAGGCAGGUCCAAAAAGAGGUAGAGAAACUUCUUCAAGAGAGCGAAACCCAUCUUCGGGCCUUAGAGGAAGAAAAGGAGCGUACUCGUAUACAGACAGAACAACUUGUGGACCAGCAGAUGCUCAUCAAUCGUCUUCGAAGCGACCUUUUGACCUUCAGGGGUACGAUGUCAAGAGCAACAGUGGAAGCUGGGGCUUCUGGGAACUCCGGCAAAAGGCCACACAGUGUCCCUCUGAUCAGACACAGCUACGGGCCCAUGCCACCCAGGAGGAUUCACUCCAGUCCCCCAGCCUAUUCACUGGAAAGGGUGAUAGCAGCCUUUAAGAUGCGCGGUCAUCUCCUGCUGGCUGAAAUUGAGGAAAAGGAUGAGGUGUACUGUCCGUUCAUGAAACAACAGGCAAAGAGCAAAGACAGGCAUCAAAAGAAGAAGGAGGAAGAGGAGGAGGAGCAGGAGGAGGACAUCUUUGUGGGCAGAAUGGGAUUUAGGCAUUCUUUAAACCGAACAUGGACCAGCCAGCAGAAGAAAUCAGCUUUGAAAGAGAAAAACACUGGACAAGACCAAACAUCUAAUGGAAAUCAAUUAGUACAGCAGCCUCAACGAGCCACAGGGACCAAGGAAAACCACGCCAAUCAGAGCCAUUUGAGGAAGGCGAGACUAAGAGCCAGUGUCACUCAGAGAAGGAUCCAAGAUCUGUCAGUCAAUAUGCGCAUGAAAGAGGAGCUCCUCAAAGAGCUGGAAAAAACUGACAAGCAGUCUCAAGCAGUGGACAGACAUGGCAGGCACAGUGCUGAUGGCAGAGCAGCCGACGUGUUGGCAAAACUUUCCAUGCAGAGCCAGCAGGUCCGAGCGGAGGUGUACCGCAGCCUGCAGCACAUGAGACUGCAGAGAGCACAGCUUCAGACCAGCCUCAGGCAGCAGAGAGAGACCAGUGACAACAACAGAGGACUUAACCAGAAUGGGGAGCAAAGGGCAGGAGACGUGACUGUGUGCAAAAGCAAUUUCAAGAAAGAGUCAAAAGAAAAGCUGUGUGACAGAAGUUGGCUGGAGGAGGAGGAGGAGCAGGUGCUCCAGAAGAGAGCAGAGCUGCAGGACCUGGAGGAGGAGCUGACGAGGAGGGAGGAGGUGCUCCUGCACAGAGAGGCCUGUCUGCAACAGAAAAACAAACUGGAGAUCAAGAUGCUCCGCUCCAGUCAGGCUUUAAGUCAGGACCUGCUGCAUGUGUCGGUGCAGUUGGAGUCCCUGGAGGAGCAGCUGCAGAGGCAGGCUGGAGGAGUCACCAUAGAAGAACUGGAGGAGGAGAGAGACACACUUAAAAAGAGGAGAGACAUUCUUGACGCCCAGCUGAAGGACAACCGAGUGCUCACUGUGGAGGAGGAGCAUUCCCUGCUCCAGCUGGAGGAAGCUAUUGAAGCUCUGGAUGCAGCUCUGGAGUUUAAAAACCACUCCAUCCAGGAUAAGCAGAAGAAGCUGUUGAUCUCCUCUUCACGUCAGUCACAAAGCACUGAACCCGCCCACCUCUGUGAUGUCAUCAGGAAGCUGAAGGAGCUUUCACCACCUGAGGCUUCAGAGCUGCUCGUCAAAUAUUUCAACAAGGUUGUUCGUCUUCGGGAGGCGGAGCACCGUUGGCGUUUGCGUUGCGAAGAGCUGGAGCUGCAGGCUGGAGAGCAAGAGGUGGUGCUGAGGGAGCUGGAGGUCGCCAUGCAGCGCCUGGCCCUGGAUGCAGACCGCAGGCUCACCCAGCAGCACCGAGAUCACCAGAGCAACAUCCAGCUACUGCUGCAGAAACUUAAAGAGGGUGAUUCAGGAGAGGCGCAGCAGGCUAUCCAAGACAGACUGCAGCAUCUGGAGAAAGAGCUGUUUUUCUACAAAAGCUCCAGCCGGGAGCUUAAAAAAAAACUCAAAGAGCGUCACAGUUACACCCUACACCCUGUCGAUCAGAUUUCACACCCACAGGAGCACAGACAAACACACAAUAUGCAGAUACAUGCGAGGACAAACAAACCACAGAUGUACACUGACGAGGUACAGAAAAAGACGCAUAUUGCAACAACAUACACAAAGAUACACACUGAGCAAACAGACAAAAAGACACACAAUGAGUCUCACUUAAGGAGACCAUCGUCAUUCUCUGACCUCCAAACAUGCAAUAAGAUAAAAGUGCCUGAAUACAACCAAAUACAGACACAGUCCCUGGGGGGGAGUGAACGAGGGGCUGGUCACUGUGGGGAGAGCUUAGAGAUGACACCGGUCCGUUUGUGUCGCAGAGAGCUGAGACAGAUCUCUCCAGGUAACCUGCAGGUCUGUGGCUCUGCCACAAGGAGGCUCCAGUCUGUAGUGAAUACCAGCACAGAAUCAAUACUAGAGGACUCCAUAGAAGUGCCCAGAAACACUGACAGAUGAUUUGUGGAUCCAUUCAGUGGCCUGAAGUGCUAGUAAAGAAAGGAAAAUGUGUGUGAAUUGUAAUGUAUGAAUAACUAUUAGACAAAAACUCACUGAAUACAAAAGAUUUGUUGUUCCUCUCACUGCAAGUAUCUUGUGAAAAUGUUCAUGUAUUGUUUGUUGGAUAAUACUUAAUUUAAGGACUUUGUGGUGCUUUGAGAUUGGUAAGGGCCCACAAGAUCAUUAAAUUAUGUCACAUAAUCACAAUACUGGUCUAUAUUUAAUGAAUGUCCAUAUUCACAAUAUACUAAAUGAGAAGAAUGUGUGAUAAGCUGAACAGUUUUUGUUCUUAGUUUAUUCUGAAUUCACCUUUCACGCCUUCGAUGUAACCACAGAAUAGUGAAACCAUGAAAUGUGAAUUUGAAUGUGAAUGUGAGGUUAUACCCUGAGGAGAAGAAAUUGUCUUUUAGAUAGACUGAAAUGUGCGUGAUGUUGAAAUGUUUUGAUAGUGAACCUGUUCAGUCUCUUGUCAUAUCACUGUCUUCCUAUUUAUCUGUUCUCCUUUGUGGUCACAGAUUUCCCAGAACCUGGCUAUGUUGUAUGCUGUAGCGUUUUGGCCAUUCACUAUAAGACGAAACAAAGAAAGGCCAGUGUGUAUUCCCAAUAACUUGACAGUGUUUUUACACUGAAAAAUAGAGUGAAACAGACCCUUUUUAGAUUUUUGUCUCAGCUCUUGCCACACCUAAAUACUACACUGAACAUUUGUUGUUUUCUUCCCCUAAGUUAUUUGGGGAUCUUAAGUUUCAAGCUCUUGUUUUAAAGUUUUAAAUGUAAAUGUAAAUGCAAAGUACAACCUUAUGUAUAUUGUGUGAGAAUGAGGUAUUUAAUGUAAAAAGAAGCACUUAUUAUUAUUUCUAUAGUCAUACAGUAGCUCACCUUAAAGUUAUCACCAGCUGCAUCCACUGAACUGAUUCUCUUCCUUUUGCAAACACACACUAGUUUAAGAGAUAAGAAGGUUAUGCAAAACAAGUUCAUCAAGCUGUUGUUAAAUGUAAUCAAAUAGUUCCUCAGGAAGAAAAAGACUUUAUCUCUGACCUUUAAUUUUCAGCAUUGUUCAGCACUUAAAGUGGUAGAAUAAGUUUGUUUUCUGCACUACAACAGUCAUAGAAAGCCUGGUAGUGUUUUGUAUGCAUUUUAUUUUUUGAUUCAAACUUUUUCUAUUUCUCUGUGCACUAUGUACUAUUAAUUAAAUGUUGAUUGCUGUGUAAGUUAUUUUGUAUAUGGGUGACUCUUAUUACAGUCAAAUGUGUUAAACUUACUAAUAUCCAUAAUUAACCCAUGGACAGAUUGGGGAGAUUAAAUCACUAGACCUCUUUAAGUCUCUUUAUAUGAAAAACACAACA